ACAGGGUCAACUCUCGGAAUGAGAGUUUCCAUCUCGUCGUUGCGAUCAUCCUGCUCUCUAUCGCCUAGAAGAAUCCUGCUGUUGGCAACGCACACCAACGGCCGACUCAUUCAAAGUACCAUUAGACGAUAUGGCGUCGCACCACUCAAUGCCAGUCGAAUCGCAUUGCGCCAACGGAGAACGAAUAGCCUGAACCUCAAAAUCCCCCCACCUGGGUAUCGCCAACUACAUAGUCAAGCUAUAAGCGUGAAUGAACCGACCAUCUACGCGCUUUCCACGGCAUCCGGAAAAGCUGCCAUUGCCGUCGUCCGCAUAUCAGGACCGGCAUGCCGACAGAUAUAUGAGCGUCUUUGUCCCUCAACCGCGUUUCCGAAGCCACGGUAUGCCACGCUCCGCAAGCUGUAUGCGCCCAAUGCGCCUCCUUCGCCUACAACUGUUUUGGAUUCGGGCGCUCUAAUGCUCUACUUUCCUGCCCCGAAUACAGUCACAGGCGAAGACGUGCUCGAGCUUCACGUACACGGCGGACCGGCCAUUGUCCGCGCCGUUCUUGCCGCCAUACCCCAAUGCGCCUCCAAACCCGAUAGUUCAAGUCUGGAGACACCGCAGAUCAGGUAUGCCGAGCCUGGCGAGUUCACCCGCCGUGCUUUCGCAAACAACCGCAUGGAUCUUCCGCAAAUCGAAUCCCUGGGGGAAACUCUAUCAGCAACUACGGAGCAACAGCGCAAACUCUCAGUGCGGGGAACUACAUCCUCACUAGCUGCGCGCUACGAAGAUUGGCGGAUGCUUCUUCUCCAAGCUCGUGGGGAAUUGGAAGCAUUGAUCGAUUUCUCUGAAGAUCAACAUUUCGAUGAGUCGCCAGCUGUCCUAUGCGCGUCAGUUGCCAGUCAGAUACAAAAGAUAUCAGUUCAAAUGAACGCGCAUAUAGCCAAUGCGGUACGAGGCGAGCUUCUUAGAAGUGGUAUUAGCGUUGCGCUUCUUGGUGCGCCCAAUGCAGGGAAGAGCAGUCUUUUGAACCGAAUUGUGGGUCGCGAGGCUGCCAUCGUCUCGCAGGAGGCAGGUACAACCAGAGACAUUGUUGAGGUUGGCAUCGAUCUCGGAGGCUGGCUAGUGAAGCUGGGGGACAUGGCUGGUCUUCGGAAAGCUGGUCUCGUGGGUGGCGAAGUCGUAAGCCCUAUCGAGCAGGAAGGCAUCAAACGCGCUAAGCAACGGGCACUUGAGUCAGACGUCCUCAUUAUCGUUCAGGACGCCACAACCGACGUCGAUCCCGAGGUCUGCGAAACCGCCAGACAAUGUGUGGAACUAGGUAUCGAUGUCGUCGUAGCCAUCAACAAGACCGAUCAAGUAUCCCAGUCAAGAUUGGAAGAGUGGAGGUGCAAGGUACCAACGACGUUUACCGUUCCUACCCAGCGCGUCUUCUUCAUGUCUUGUGCCGCUACUGAAACGCUGGCAUCCCGAUCAGUACUGAAUAAUGACUCUGGAAACAUUCAAACUUUCCUUCGUGGCCUUCAAGAUAUCUUCCAAGACAUGACAAGUGCACUUGUGCCAGACGCGGAGCCUGAUCCAUCACUAUGGCAAGAAUCUUUGGGGGCGACCGAAAGGCAGCGUCUACUUAUCUCCGAAUGUCUGGCACAGUUGGACACGUUCUUACUGGCUGUCCAAAGCCCUUCGGAGGACAACGGGUCUAGUGUUGACUCCGAUCAGGCAGACGAAGUUGACAUUGUCGUUGCUGCUGAGUCACUACGACAGGCAGCCGAAUGCUUAGCGCGCAUCACUGGGCUUGGGCAGAGUGGUGACGUGGAGGAAGUCUUGGGCGUUGUAUUUGAAAAGUAA